AGAGCGGCACAUCCUCCCCCCGCCGCCCCCCCGCCGCCGCCGCCGCCGCUUCAAAACAAACCGUCACCAAAAUGGUGCAGAGGUGAAGGAGGGAGAAGGGAGGAAAGGGAAGAAGUGUCGCCUCGGCCUCGGGCGCUGCGGGGGGGGACAGUUUGAUUGAGGAGCGGUGGCCACAGCUCAUCCUCUGGCAGGAGCAGAAGAUGCAGGAGUCUGCGUAGCAGGCUUAACCACCACCUCCUGCCGCCGCAUCUGCCCUUGAGAGGCCACCGAACGCCCCGAAGAGGGUUUUGGGGGACUCGGGGGCCGGCCGGCGGUGACGGUGACGGUGACGGCUGCUCGGGGUGGCCGUGGCCAGGGGACAGCGGUUCCAUCCCCGCGCGCUUCCUCCCGGCCGCCAGCGCGCAGCAGCCCUGGAGAAGGACGCAGCCACCCCGGCUCCUGUUUCUGAGCAGCCGCUGACGGCUCAGCCCCGCUGGAUCCGGCCGCGCAGGAGGAUACCAUGAACUGAGCAAGGAGCGGCGCAGAAUUCCCCCCUUUUUUUUUUUUUUUUUUUUUUAAUUUUGCCUUUUUUUGGUUUUGUUUGGAUUUGUUUUGUUUCGUUUCGUUUUGUUUUGUUUUUCUCAUCUGGAAAAACAAACAACAAAAGAAGCUCCCCCCGCUCCCCCCCCCCCCCCCUUCUCGGCUCCCCCCCCCCCCCAACGCUCUUUAAUGAAAGCGUUUUAAAAGGGGGUUGUUUUUUUUCCCCCCACCCCUGAAGCGAAGUCGUCCCCGGGUGCGGUGAGGAUUUCCCGAGAAGAUGGGGAGAAAAAAGAUCCAGAUCCAGCGGAUCACGGACGAGCGCAAUCGACAGGUGACCUUCACCAAGCGCAAGUUCGGCUUGAUGAAGAAGGCCUACGAGCUGAGCGUCCUGUGCGACUGCGAGAUCGCCCUCAUCAUCUUCAACCACUCCAACAAGCUGUUCCAGUACGCCAGCACCGACAUGGACAAGGUGCUGCUCAAGUACACCGAGUACAACGAGCCCCACGAGAGCCGGACCAACGCGGACAUCAUCGAGACGUUAAGAAAGAAAGGUUUUAACGGCUGUGACAGCCCGGAGCCCGACGGCGAUGACUCCAUAGACCAGAGCCCCUUGAUGGAGGAUAAAUACCGUAAAGGCAGCGAGGAUCUGGAUAUCCUGUUCAAGCGAUACGGUUCCGCAGUGCCCGCGCCGAACUUCGCCAUGCCCGUGACGGUGCCGGUGACCAACCAAAACACGCUGCAGUUCAGCAACCCCGGCAGCUCGCUGGUGACCCAGUCCCUGGUGACCUCCUCGCUGACCGACCCCCGGCUCCUCUCGCCGCAGCAGCCGGCGCUGCAGAGAAACACCGUGUCCCCAGGGCUGCCGCAGAGACCGGCCAGCGCAGGGGCGAUGCUGGGGGGAGACCUGAACAACACGAACGGAGCCUGCCCGAGCCCCGUGGGAAACGGCUACGUGAGUGCCAGAGCCUCUCCGGGUCUCCUGCCCGUCUCCAACGGCAGCAGCCUGGGCAAGAUCAUCCCGGCCAAGUCCCCGCCGCCGCCCUCCCACGGCACGCAGCUCGCCACCAACAGCCGCAAGCCGGAUUUACGCGUGAUCACCUCGCAGAGUGGGAAGGGGCUCAUGCACCAUUUGACGGAGGACCACUUGGCUCUGCAGAACACGCAGCGGUUAGGUGUCUCCCAAGCGACUCACUCUUUGACCACCCCGGUCGUUUCUGUGGCUACUCCCAGUUUGCUGACGCAGGGGCUGCCUUUCUCUGCCAUGCCCACGGCCUACAACACAGAUUAUCAGCUGACGAGCGCUGAGUUGUCUUCGCUGCCGGCUUUCAGCUCACCUGGGGGGCUGUCCCUCGGCAACAUCUCCGCCUGGCAGCAGCAGCAGCAGCAGCAGCAGCAGCAGCAGCAGCAGCAACAGCAGCAGCAACAGCAACAGCAGCAACAGCAGCAGCAGCAGCAACAGCAACAGCAGCAGCAGCAGCAGCAGCAGCAGCAGCAGCACCUGGUUCCUGUAUCGCUAGGAAAUUUAAUACAAGGGAGCCACUUGUCCCACACCACCACUUUGACUGUCAACACCAACCCCAACAUCAGCAUCAAGUCGGAGCCCGUCUCGCCCAACCGGGAAAGAAACACUGCCACCCCGCUCAGCACCUUCCCCCACCAGCCCCGCCACGAGCCCACCGGCCGCUCGCCCGUCGACAGCCUCAGCAGCAACACCAGCUCCUACGAAGGCAGCAGCGAGCGGGACGAUCCCGCCCGCCCCGAUUUCGGCUCAUCCCUGGGGCUCCUGCGACCCACCAGCGAGCCCGAGGGGGAGAGCCCCUCCGUAAAGCGCAUGCGGUUGGAUACCUGGGUGACAUAACGGGGUCCCCGCCGUCCCGGGCAGCGCCGCCGGCUCGCAGCGGGGAAGGGGACGGGAAGGGGGGGAGGAGGGCCGGGGGAAGGGCUGGGGUGGGGGGGGG